UUCAUACCGACCGGUCGCCGUAUAGUCACCGACGCCGCCACUGCCGAGUUUCCGACGUCGUUGUAUUUUGGAAAUAUUGUGUUGUCGUAUACGAUUUGUCCGUUUUCCGACGAGUUUCCCAGUGCCUUUUCCGCCGUACACUAUAUUAUCAUCAUCGUCGUUGGAUUUUUACCGGUCGAAGCGAAUCCCCUUCCCAAUCUGUUGCUUGCCUAUACUCAUAAUUAUACGAAUCAUCACUAAUAAUUAAAAAUAUUAAUUAUAUGGUAUAAUAAUAAUAAUAUAUUGGUGCGUUCGUGUUUGUGCUUAUCUGUGUGUGUGUGAGUGUAUGUGUUCGCGUCGCCGUUAAGUUUUUUGAAAAGCUAUGCCGAGUGCCGGAAACGUCUCCGCGUGCACCGUGACAGGAUUACGCUGGUAAUAUCGUCCAGGAAAGUGAUAUCACGACGCACACUACAGGCGCAUUGACUUGGCCGUGGAUCGUUACACCAGUAGAACAGGUACAUAUGAUUAAAUCGAAGUACCUACAUGAGUACAGUAUCAAUAUGAACAGUGACUGUGCCAAAUGACUAUGGCGUCGUCAGAGGUCUAACAAGGAGUAUGGGAAGAGAGGCAUGGGCCUACGGCUGGACCAGAGACUAUUUAGCAAAGUCACGGUAGUCUUCGCAGCUCUCGUUCUCUCGCUGUUCAACAGGGUCCUAGUCUCAACUACCGGGUCGACGUUCAACGAUGCUGUACACAUCACGGCCAUCGUGGGCGAGUCAGUCGUGUUCAACUGCCAAGUGGAGUUCCCAGCCGAACACCCCGUGCCUUACGUUUUACAGUGGGAGAAAAAAGGUCUCGACAUACCGAUAUUCAUUUGGUAUGACAACUAUCCCACACACAGCGGUUCGGGAUACGAAGGCCGAGUGGCUAGAGUCUCCCAGGACUCUCCAUACGGUCUCGCUUCGCUCAACUUGACCAAUAUACAAGAGUCGGACCAAGGUUGGUACGCCUGCAAAGUGGUGUUUCUCAACCGGUCACCAACCAAUAAAAACGGCACGUGGUUUCAUCUAGACGUCCACGCUCCUCCGAAAUUCGUCACCAUCCCCGGUGAAGUACAAUACAUAAAUGUCGGAGAUUCCAUUAUUCUAAACUGUCAGGCUGUGGGGACACCUACGCCCGAAAUCGUGUGGUUCAAAGACGCCACAGACGUGCAGCCGACGACCACUGUAGGCAUAUUCAAUGAUGGCACUGAACUGAGGAUAUCUAACAUCCGAACUGAGGACAUCGGGGAUUACACAUGCAUCGCCAGAAAUGGCGAAGGACAAAUUAGCCACACGGCUAGGGUUUUGAUAGCGGGAGGAGCUGUAAUCAUGUCGCCUCCGACAAACCAGACGAAACUGGAAGGCGAAAAAGUCGAAUUCACGUGCGGUGCCAAAGCCAUGCCCGGUAAUGUCACUGUCCGUUGGUCUCGUGACGGAGCUUUUGUGAAGUCGAUUUCAUCGCUGGAAACCAGAGUGACCAUCAAAAAAGAUGGUUCUAUGGUUAUAAAUCCUGUCAGCGCUGAUGACUCGGGCCAAUAUCUCUGUGAAGUCAGCAACGGCAUUGGUGACCCACAAUCUGCGUCUGCCUAUUUAAACGUCGAAUAUCCAGCCAAAGUUACAUUUACGCCUACCGUACAGUAUUUACCGUUCAGAUUAGCUGGCGUUGUUCAAUGUUACAUUAAAGCCAACCCGCCUUUACAAUACGUCACAUGGACCAAAGACAAACGUUUGCUCGAGCCUUAUCAGCAGAAAGACAUCGUUAUCAUGAACAACGGUUCGCUGUUAUUUACCAGGGUCAAUCAAAACCACCAGGGAAGAUACACGUGUACACCCUACAACGCACAGGGUACUCAAGGAUCAUCCGGGCAAAUGGAAGUGUUGGUGAGGAAACCUCCAACAUUCACCGUUGAACCAGAGAACAUGUACCAGCGCAAAAUCAGCGAAUCAGUGGAGAUGCAUUGCGACGCACAAGAAGCCGAAGGCACCCAAAAGCCCAAGAUUCAAUGGCAAAGAAGAGAUGGGGCACCGUUGCCCAAAGGUCGUCACAGCAUACACGGUGGUAAUAUCACAAUAGAAAACCUCAGAAAAACCGAUUUUGGAUAUUAUCACUGUGUCGCGAGUAACGAAGUGGCCACAAUAGUUACAACCACUCAUUUAGUCGUCGAGGGCACUCAGCCGCAUGCCCCUUACAACGUUUCGGCAAACGCUUCCGAGACGACCGUUACACUUCAGUGGCUACCCGGUUAUAGCGGCGGUCCCGAUUACAAACAGGACUAUACGAUUUGGUACAAAGAACCAGGGAUGGCGGACUGGUCUACAAUACCUGUCACUCCGUCGGGGAGCACGCAAGUCACCAUAAACAGACUAACCCCGGACACGACGUACGAGUUUCAAGUGGUAGGGAAGAACGCGUUGGGCGAUGGAAUGCUUAGCAAAGUUAUUUCGAUCAAGACACUGGCAGCCGUACCAUUAACCGUGGCCAAAAAAACAAGUCCCGCGCCACCGGUCACCGAGUUACCUCCUCCCCCAAGCGACGACGUUGUCGACUAUAGCGACCUCAUUUUACCCACUGAAUCUUCUGGUGCUACAUUGUACCCACCGGUAUUCAGACCAAAAGGACCAAAACCCGGACCACCGAGAAAUGUAUCCAUCGCCGAAGUUAAAAAUGGCUUCGUUAUAUCUUGGCAAGCUCCAUUAGAAAGAGCUCAUCUAGUCCGUUACUACGUCAUCAACUAUAAGACAGAUGGGAUUUGGAGAACUUUGAACAAAGCACAAAUCAGAGCAGAGGACGAUCGUUAUCUGGUAAAAAGUCUGGUGGGAGGUCGUACCUAUUAUUUCCGAGUGGUCGCGUACUCUUUAAAGAGUUUCGAAAACAGCGAAGAAAUCAAAUUCCCCGUACCGGCCAGGGUGAAACAUAAGGCCAUCACAGCUGGUGUCGUUGGCGGGCUGUUGUUCUUCAUCGUCGCCAUAAUAUUGUCUGUGUGCGCGGUAAAGAUUUGCAACAAGAGGAAACGGAGAAAACACGAAAAAGCUUACAACAUGGUCGCGUGUAGAAUUACGGACGCCAGAAAUGGUGGCCAAAUACCGGGGACUAGUCAAGUGCCUUUAAAAAAAUCUAGAUCAACCCGAAUAUCAAGUCUGAGCAGCGGAUGCAACGUCGUUCUGAACAUGGUGGCGCGGCCGUCCCGUUCGAGUUCGUUCCUGGAUCGCGGUGGCCAAGACUGCGUGGACGGUCUGCCGGGGGGGCAACGCCCACGCCGCCGCCUCGGCCGCAUCUCCCGGUCGGCCGACGGCCGGUUCGUGUUGACCGGCGAUUCUGGGCCGUCCAGCCGACGGGGCAGCGGGUGUUCGUCGUCCGGCAGCAGUGACGACGGCGGGUUCCUGUCCCAUCCGAGUUUCUCCAACCGGACGUGGAGCCGACAGCCACUACUGACGGUCAGCGGCAGUAGUGGCGGCGGCGGCGGCGACGGCCCGAGGUGGACAGAGGACACGGUCGUCGACGACCGCCGCCGGCCGAUCGUGGUCGUGGCCACGGUGUGCGACCCGCGGACGCCGUACGGUUUCGACCGUUCAACUGCACCCGCGGGUCCCGGUGCCGCCGACGACCGGACGACGCUGCAGAGCGUGCACGAGCGGUACAGCCAACAGCUGCCGUCGCUGAGGGCGAUACACGAGGAGAACCACCGGACGCUGAUGCGCCGGCUGCAGCCAGCCAGUCCCAGGUACCACCCGAACCCGGGCAGGUACCGGUCCAGGCACAUGCGGUACGCUCGGAGCGCCCCGGAACUCACGUCCGACGGCACCGCCCCCGUCAACAACACCGUCAGCGAACGGUCGCCCGAGAGCCGUUCCAGCUCCAGCGGGUUCGGUUCCAAGAAUACUACAUCCAGCGUGCAGCACCAAAACGCCGGUGCGGCUAGCGUGCUGGACGACUGGUGUGGAGGCCGGGCCGGGCCACUGCCGCCGUACAAACACCCGCCGCCGCCGCCACCGCCCCACCCGUCGUCGCUGUUCUACGCCGACGGACGGUGGUUGGACUUCGGCGCGCCGCAUGUCCGGCUUCCGUCGUCGCCGCCGCUGCCACCGCUGCUGUUCGGCAGUGCCGACAGCUGUGGCAGCAGCACGGCCGCCAGCGACAAGCCGCCACUGAGCGUCGACGACCAGUACGAGUUCGACCCGGUGUUCCCGCUGACGCCAACGCCCACCGAGCUGCUCCAGCAGACAGCGCUGUUCGGGCCUACCGUCACGUGCACGCCGUCCCCGUCUCGGUCCCGGACGCCCACGCAGCUCAAGAAGGCCAAGUACGACAGCGUCGAGGCACGGCUCCGGGCCAUGAAGGAGGAGUUCCACGCGUACAAGCGCCGUCAGGCCCAGAUGGCCGGCGCGAUGAGGCAUCAGCACCACUCCGUCGGAUACGUCGAGAGUGCGUGUUGACAACAGCCGCGAACCGCCUACCCUCUUGCCCACCCUCCCUAUCACCGGCCACCCGCUCGCCGGAACGACGUUUCGCGCGCAAUAAACCAAAAAAAAAGCUCAAAGACAAAAAAAAAUCUUAAUAAUAAAUUUCGCGCGCGAUCACAGAACAAUGAUAUUAAUAACUAAUAUAAUAUAUUAUUAUGAUUAAUAAUAUGAUGUGCAUAGAUUUAAACGUUACCGUAAUUAUUUGUUGUUAAAAAAAAAAAAAAAAUGUUUUAAACUCAGUGCGACGUAGGUACCUACACGUGUCGACUGUUGGUAGGCUGACCUGCGACGCGCGUCACGUGGUUCUAUAAUAUUAUAUUAUACUAUUUAAUUAUUGUGUAUUUAAUAAUAUUGCGUUUCAUAAAAUAUAUUAAUUACUAUAGUCGUAUUUCUAAAAUUUAAAAAUAUAUUAUAUAUAUAAAAAAGAAAAAACUCGACAAAGUAAUGGCAUGGUAGUGUGUAGUAGUGUCGGAGAGGCAUAAAUUAUAAUAUGAUUGAAAUUUCAUGUUGAUUUAUUAUCGUUUUAUUUAGUUGUUUAUUUUAAUUUUUUUUUUUAAUAUCCAGAACUGAGGAUAACAAAUUACAUUCUCAACGUUUUCAGUUCAUACAAAAUUCACUUGCUCAAAUUGUACGAGACUGUCCAGUCUGAGGAUAUAUUUUAUUUUAACGUUUUCGUUUUCGUUUAAGAUUUAUGCCUCGUUUCGAAACUGUUAAGGAAUAACAUUAUUAAAACUAAACCUUGUGAUAAUAUUAUGUCGUUACAUAAACUCAACGAGAUCUGUUCAAUGUACUUAAAUAAUUCCUUCGACGUUAUAUUUGAUGAUUAGCAUUGUGUUCGUAAAUUUAGUUUCGGGCAUCUCCUCCAGUUGUUCUCCGCAUUGUGUUUUUAAUUGUAUUGCAUCCCUAAGUUCCUAUUAAAUUAAAAUAAAUAACGUCCUAGGGCCUACCGAACGGGAUCCUCGUAACAUUUUCUUUUUAACAAUCAAAAACAUAUUCCACGCGAUAUGUAUAAAUUAUAUAAAAUAAAAUGUUUACUUUUAGACAUAUAUAUUAUUAUGACAAAACGUCUCAGCAAUAAAUAUAAUAAUUUAGGUGAUUUAAAGAAAAAAUAAAUGUUUAAAAAAUAAAUAAAUAAUAAUAAAUACUAUCUAGUCUGAGAAAUAAUAAUAUUUUAGGUAGUUAAGACAAUUUUUAUUGUUUUGUUAUUGAAAACGAACAGUGUCAAUUACCCCGUUUUUACGUAUUAUUAUAUAUGUAUAAAUAUUUACGAAACGAAGCUGUUUUCGAUUGUGGUUUUCCUUCCCGUGAGUUGUGCAAUGUUGCCUACACACAUUUUCGUAACGCGCGCAAGUCAUCCGGGUGGCAGCACGACGACCGUCUCGUUCGAACCCCUUCGACGUCGCACACACGUCACGUCCCACCGCCGACGACAAGCUCGUCACUCGUCACUCGUCAGGUUCCUAUAUAGGCACACACACGAAAAUUAAUUGAUACACGCACGCGUAAUAUAUGAAACCGGAUGUACGCUUUUUUCGACUCGCGCCUAUAAUAAUAAUAUACUAUUAUAACGCGGUUGCAAGCGAUAAAAGAAAAAUAUUGAAAUCCAAUCCCUUCCGGUCUCCACACUAUUAUAAUAUUAUGUUAUUGUACCGUACGACGACGUUUUUAAUGAUAAAACGCUUCGGCUGUAGCGAGUGCUUCUUCAGGAAUCGAAAGGGCUCGAGAGGCCGUCCUAUUAUGAGGUUUUUACCCGACUCCGGCGCCUAUACGGCCUACGUAAAAUACGUAACCGGAGUCGGUAUUAUAAUAUUAAGUCGCUGCGUAACUAGUUGAUCGGAACGGAUUUCAUCGAAACAAUAUAGGCACCUAAAUCGCGAACGCUCGUCGAGAGACUGACGGAUAUACGUGCGCGAACCGAUGGCAAAAAUCGACAUUUCCGAUUUCCCGCGGCGGACAUUAUUAUUAUAUUAUCACAAUAGAAACAUAUUUAUAAAUAGGUAGUUCCUAUAUACGCCGCGGUGUUUCGGCUGCGACGGGAAAACGGAAAAAAAAAAAUACUCAAGACAUCUUUUUAAAUAAUAAUAAUAAUGAUAAUAGUAGUAGAAAUAGAAGAUAACCGAUUUAGUGAAUUGAUGAAACGGUCUGCUCGGGUCGACAUAAAACGACGCAGUGGUGCGCCGAAGGGGAUGAAUUCCAGGCCCAGACUCCAGACACUCUCCUACCUCACGGCAUGACAGUAAUUACGUUGUACAACCCUAAUUUGAAUUACAUUUUUUUUUUGUUCCAACAUUGAUAUUACAUCAGUAACCACAAUAUUUAUUAUAUUAUUUGCGUCAUGUCCGUUACAAAUGUGGAAAAUGGAAAUGCAUAUUUUCUCGAUCGGACGCCCCCGCCACACACAAGCAAAAUAAUAUUACGAUGAUUGCGCCACUGCGGUGAUCCGGAAUCGUCUUUCAUAUCGAUUCGAACAUGUCCUCUCUAUCCACUAAAGGAGUUAACUCUAUGCGCACGCGUAUAAUAAUACGAGAAAAAAAUAAACGAUAUUGCGCACGACAUCAUCCGUUUGUGACGAUCCGACCGUUGUUGAUAUAAUUAAUUAUUGUCGUAAUCAUCCGCGCGCACGACACUCGCGGAAGCACCCAUAUAAAUUAUUAUUAUUAUUAUACAUAAUUAUGUUAUACCUAUUGUUUUUUUUUUGUUUUUAAUAAUUUAAUAAAUUAUUAUUAUUAUUAUUAUUAUUAUUAUACUCGUGAAAACAAACGCUUUAUACGAUUUUUUAGUCAUAAUAAUAAUAUAAUAUACGAAUACGCAUAUAUAUGGCUUGUAUGAAAAUUGUAAUAUUGUCGUCACCUGAGCGGAUGAGAUGACACCUGUACCGAGGCUAUACCGGUAACGGUACGGUCGAACGCGCUUCCGCGUCGCGUUUCUCUUCGCCGGUACGAUUGACCAUAUAAUAAUAUCACGUUAACGUAUAUGUAUGUAUGAAUAUUAUAUAAUGUGUUUGUUCGUUUCUUUCUUUCGUCAUUUGUUUUUCAAGCGAUCGCCUUGUACGGUUUUUUAAUAAUCACAUUACGUUAUCAUUAUUGUGUAUUUACUAAUAAUAUUCUCGUACGACUCGUUACAUAAACAUUCUGUUGUUCAAUUUAUAUAAUAAUAUAAAUGUAUGUAUGUAUGAUAUUAUUACGAUAUAAUGUAAAACAAAAACGAAAAACGAGAUCAAACAUCCAACUUAAAAAUUUUUUUUUAAGUCUUCGUGGCAGUUUUAGAAGUUAUAUUAUUGUGUAAAAUGGUAGGUCUUUUAUUUAUCUAUAUACAUUUUUUUGUUUUUUUUUUUUAAUAAUAUAUAAAUAAUCUUACAUUGUUAUGUUACUAUAUAUAUUAUAUAUAUGUAUAUUUUAUAUAUAUAUAUAUAUAUGUUAAAUAGAAUUCUAGACACACUUCCUAAAAUAAUAUUAUAUAAUAUUACCUACGUACCUACCUACGACGACGAUAAAAACUCGACGACAUUCAUUAUAUUUUAUAAUAUUAUUUCGUUUUCGUAUUACCUUUCUUUUGUAUUGUUAUUAAUUAUUAUUAUUAAUAUUAUUCAAAGAUGGUACAUUUUUUUUUUUUGCGCCCAUUUAUCUCUGCCAUAAAAACGAUUAUUUUUAGUUCGUAAGAUCGACGAUCUCAUUUUAUGUUGAAGCCAUUUUGUUUUAUUAAUAAAUUUUGAUUUUUUCGUCCUUUCGGGCAAGUUGAAACUUUAAACUACUUGAUUACAGAAAAUUAUACUCCUAUAUGAAAAACGAAAAAAAAUAUAUUGUAUUCUAAAAAAAGUUAUAUUUGUAGAUUCUUAAUUAAUGAUAAUUAUAUUUGUAAAUAUAGUAAUUUAUAUUAGAAUUAAGUAUUAUUUAAAUGAAUAAAAAAGAAAAUUCAAAGAAAUUAU